AUAACGCGUUCUUUUCACUUUUCUGUAUUUCUUAUAUCUUAAAAACGUGUUAUAAAUUUUUAUUAAUUAUACAAAGUAAUUAAUUUUCCACUGUAAAGCUCUAAACUGGUGAGUUUGCAACUACAAAUCUUCAAAUAAAUACACGAUGCCUAAGAAUAAAGGAAAAGGAGGUAAAAAUCGUAGGCGAGGUAAGAACGAGAAUGAAACAGAGAAACGUGAAUUGGUAUUCAAAGAAGAUGGGCAAGAAUAUGCUCAAGUUACCAAAAUGUUGGGAAAUGGACGUCUAGAAGCAAUGUGUUUUGAUGGUGUAAAACGACUUUGCCACAUUCGAGGAAAACUUAGGAAAAAGGUAUGGAUCAAUCAAGCUGAUAUAGUAUUGAUAGGAUUACGUGAAUAUCAAGAUACAAAAGCUGAUGUAAUUUUGAAGUAUACACCUGAUGAAGCUCGUAACUUAAAAACAUACGGAGAAUUUCCAGAAACUGUUCGCAUCAAUGAUACAGUCACAUUUGUUGACGAUGGAUUGGAUGAGGAUAUUGAAUUCGGAGAUGAUAUUAGCGAUGAUGAAGAAGCAGACAAUGCUGUUGAUAAUAUUUAAAGUUAUUUCAAAAAGUAUCCAAGCUGUAUGGUGACAUAAUAGUUGCCUAAGUUCCAACUUAUCUAAAAAAAUAUUGAAAUAAAUAUAUACUUAAAUAAUAA